GCGCGGCAACCGGCCAAGCCGAGAGCCCUUCGGGGAAAAGCCAGCGGCGGGAUGGGUGGGAUCGCGCAGGGAGAGCUGCUGCUGCUGCUCGCCGAAGCUACCCAGGACCCGGCCGGAUGGUGCCCACGCUGGCCUGGCGACCGAGAGGUGGCCCGCGAGCCUUGACCUCGCCUCCAGCCAUCUCGAUCCGCAAACGCCGCCAACGCGCCCUCGCCAGCCGCGUUACGAAGCACUUCCCGGUCGGGCACGCCGUGCGGCUCCCGGCUCCUUUCCCCGGCAGGUUGCAGGCCCGAUCCCGGCGGCUCCUGCCUAGCGCGGCUCCUCCUCCUUUCGCAACCUCGCGGAGAGCUUCUUCUCCCUGCUGGAGCCGGGGUCGUGCCUGCUGGGCCCAGCCUAGGCGCCGCUGAAGGGCUCCCGGCGCGCUGGAGACGCGCGCAGCGGCGCUCCAAGGCGCGCCGCCACCACCAGCACCACGCCUCGCCUGCUUGCCGGGCUUUGUCCGGGACUUGCAGGCAGCCGCUGCGUCCGCGGCCCUUCCCCGCCCAGCUCGGGGUGGGAGACCAGCGGCGAAGGCGAAAUGAUCGCCUUGUUGUUGGACUCUGCCGUGCGCCUUGCUGCGCAACGAGGCAGGGGAUGGGCGGCGGCGAGGAUGACCUUGCAGGGAUGUCGGCGAGGGGCGUGUUUGAGCUUCGUCUUCCUCCGAUCCGGCAGCAGCACCAGCGUCGUCGGGUGACUUGAGAGUAGGGGAGAGAGAGAGAGAGAGAGAGGGAGGAAGAGACAAAAGCGAGAAGGGAGGAGGGAAAGAGGAGGAGGCGGAUUUGCAGUGAUAGGCGGUGCGCAAGGCGAGCGCUGGCCACUUUGCCGAAGUGUCUUGAACGUGGAGAGGAGGAGAGCGCCGGGGUCCGUCCACACGAGCGGCAGCAACGCGGGCUCUUGUCCUGCCCCGCCCAGCCCGGACCUCUUUGCGCGAGACCGCCGAUCGUCUGAAUCCCGCUGCCCAUCCCCGCGCCUCGGGCCGCAUGCGCUUGAUGUUCGCGGAAUUCCGCUCCAAAGGCAACCCCUUGCCGGACACGGGAGGGGGCCAUGAACGGGCUCUGGCGAUGAACUGCGGCGAGACCAAGGAGAUGGAAGCCGCCGCCGCUCACUUCAGCUUCUGCCAGAACCUUCUAGAACACACCGUGUCGGCCGAGAACCUCAAUUACCGCCUGCAGAGGAACUCUGGCAGCAGCCUGACCUGGCAUGACGGGCGAAGCCAGCGGUCGGCGGGAGGGAGGACCGUCAAACUCCUGCAGCAGCCAGGAACGGAAGGCUCCCAGGUCCGGACCUAUGAUCACUACGGCAUCUACCACACCAGCCCAACGCUCGGGAGCUUGACCAAGCCGGUGGUGCUUUGGACGCAGCAGGAUGUGUGCAGGUGGCUCAAAAAGCACUGCCCGCACAAUUAUCUCAUCUACGUGGAGGCCUUUUCCCAUCACGCCAUCACAGGUCGAGCGCUGCUGCGGCUGAAUGCAGAGAAGUUGCAGCGCAUGGGGAUACUCCACGAGUCUCAACGGCAGGAAGUCCUCCAGCAGGUGCUGCAACUGCAGGUGCGCGAGGAAGUCCGCAACCUACAGCUUCUCAGUCAAGAGACCAGCUGCUCUCUGGCUCAGAACUCAUGCCACGCCAAACCACCGCCACUAGGACUUGUCAAACUCAGCCUUGUGGGAUCCGAUCACAACGCGAAAUUGUUUCCUUGAUGAAACCAGCAAGGACAGACUUUUGGUUCGCUUUCUCCUGAGAAGGACACGGAAGACUCCUGAAUCCGAGGAUUUUGCAAAUGCUUCACUUGUUUCAUUGUACAGGCAUCUUGGAUCUCACCCAGAGGCUCUCCGUAGCAACCAGGGUGUGUUGGCUGGAGUGAUUCAGAGACCAUCCUCUAAAUUCAGGGUUCCCAGGUUGAACCCUUGCCUUUGCCACAAGCUCACCACCCUCUGACCCCCCACACACACCACCAUCUGCAAUAUGAGGAUAAAAAUCCUGGCCUACCUUACAGGGCUGUUGGGAGGAUAACAACCAGGUGCCCAUAGUUUUGAACACUCGUUAACAUGCUACGUAAGCACUGUUUAUUAUUACUACUGCUACAUGAGAGUAAAAGCAAUUGGGGAGGGUCCUGUGUGUGGGUGUGUUACUGCAAAACUUUGGUUAGAUUUUUAAUCUGAAUGCACAAAUGCCCAGACUUGACUUUUAAAAAAUAAUAUGCUUUUAGGGCAAUUCCUGCUGCUAAUUGCAGUCCAACAUUCUGUCUGUCCAACAUUCAGACUGUCUCCUCCUUGCAGAGACUGUGAUAUAUUUGGGGAGGGGGGUUGCACAGUAUUGAGAAGCCAAGGCUGGAUUGAGAGUGAUGGCAGCUGAUGACUCUACGUCAGACAUCCCCAAACUGUGGCCCUCCAGAUGUUUUGGCCUACAACUCCCAUGAUCCCUAGCUAAGAGGACCAGUGGUCAGGGAUGAUGGGAACUGUAGUCCAAAACAUCUGGAGGGCCGAAGUUUGGGGAUGCCUGCUCUACGUACUGCCAGACUCUGGCCACGGAAGACCCGAUCUCUGUCACUGGUCACCUUGGAAAUUGGGGGAGGGGCUGUAGCUCAGUGAUAAAGCACCUCUUUAGCAUGCAAAUGGUCUCAAGUUCAUUUCCUGGGGUCUUCAGUUCCCAAGAUUUGGGAGCAGUUGUUGGGACAGACCUCCUUGGCUGAGACCCCGGACAGAAACACUGCCCAAUACUAAACUUUGCGGACAAAUUCUUGGACCUGCUAUAAGGCCGCUUCCUAACAACAACCCAUAUUUCUGGAACGGGGAUUUAAAUUAAGAGUCGCCCAGUGAAGCUUUAAGUGUUUUAACAAGGUAUUCUGUAAAAAAACAAAAAAAGCAAAGCAAAACAACAUCAACGAGAGUGAGCAAACACACAGAAUCCCUGAAAGGAGGUAAAUGUUAUUAUCAUUAUCAAUACUAAUUUAUUAAAUUUGUAUAUCGCCCUUCAUCCAAAAGAUCGCAGAGCGGUUCGCAGCAUAAAAAUAUAAAACGAGAACACAAAAUGCAUAAUGAAGCAAAAACAAAAAUAAACCAAUAACCCCCAAACACAGUUAAAAGGCUAGAGAACGUUAAUCGGCCAAAGGCUAGAGAGAUUCCCUGGAGAGAGCAUUCCACAAACAGGGAGCCACCGCACAAAAGUCCCUGUUUCCAUGUUGCCACACUCCAGACCUCUUGUGGAGGAGGCACGCGAAGAGGGGCCUCCGAUGAUGAUCGCAGGGUCCGGGUCAGUUCAAAUGGGGAGAGGGGGUCCUUGAGGUAUUGUGGUCCUGAGCUGUUUAAUAAUGACUUUUGUUAAAUAGGCUUUUGACGUUCCCUCUUCCCCCCCCCCAAUGCACCCACAUCUAAUAAUGAUGCUUGGCAUGUGCUGAGUGGUGGUUCACAAGCAGUGUCACAGUCCUCCUUUCAACAGCUGGGGGGGGGACGGGGACUGUGGCCCUGUGUCUUAUUUCCUCCAAGCCUGGAGAAGGAGGACACGUCCCCUGAAAAAGGUCAAAGGGUCGUUGGCAUAGCUGCCAAGUCUCCCGUUUUUCAUGGGAAACCCCCGGAUUUUAAUCUGUUUCCCGCUGUUAUCCUGAAUAGAAAAAAAUCCCAUUUAAAUCCCCCGAUUUCCUACCUGCAAGGGAGGCUCCUUCUGCGCAUGUCUGGGCACCGGAAAUCGGGCAGUGCUGGCACCAGAAGUUGAUUCUACGCAUGUCCAGACAUGCGCAGAAGCGACUUCCAGUGCCGCGCCGCUGCUGAUCCCGGAUUUUUCAACGAGAGACUUGGCAGCUAUGGUCGUUGGUCCUUCUAGCAGACUGCUGGAUGUAGAUGACAGAGACAGAGAUGGAGAGAGAGAGAGAGAGAGAGAGAGAGAGAGAGAGAGAGAGAGAGAGAGAGAGAGAGAGAGAGAGAGAGAAGGAGUGUCACAAAGGGAGAAGAAGAGAAAAGGAGACGAGGGAGAGAAGAGAAAGAAAGAAAGGAGGAGAACCCAAAUACCUUUGGCUCUGGUUCCAUCUCGUACUAGCAUACGCCUCAAAGGUAUUUUGCCCUAACUACAAACCUUUGCACCUUCUGAACUUGCGUGCACAGCCUCUAUGCCCCCUCAACAUUAAAAAACCAAGUCUGCACCAAAACACUUGUGAUUAGAAAGUGCUGCCCGAGCAUCGCUUGGUCCUCCAACACCGCUGCACUCGAGCGCCGAAACUCACUGUGAAAAUCCUAGAGGCCAGGGCCACCUUCUGAUGCUUCUCCUUUCAGAAACCCCAAGCCCGUUCCGCCAGCCCAUCCUUCGCCCAACAUGGCGGGGAGUUAGAAAGGGCCAGAAGGAAGCCCCAAACCUCUGAACCGGAGAAGAUGCCUUACACGGAGCCAGGCCAUUGGCCAUCAUAGAACUGUAGGGUCGGAAGGGACUAUUGAGGGUCAUCUAGUCUGACCGCCUGCAAUGCAGGAAUCUCAACGAGCCGUGUCAGAAUCGCCCACUCUGGCAGCUCUGCAGCAUCCCUGGUGGGCAAAACUGUCUUCGAGAUCUUAACUAAACAUCCCCCUCCCCUGGCGGGCAGCUGACCCAUUUUUGGGAAACUAGGUAGAUUCACCUUGGUGGUUGAGGUGAGAGUUUUUCCCAUGGGGGGAAAUCUGUAGCUGUAUAGAUUUGGGUCCAUGGCCUUUGGGUCCAUUUCAGUAACUGGGCUGAGUUACUCCUCCCUCUCCCCACUCCUUGCACAGACCCACCUGAACACUCUCCCGUCCUUCGCUCGCCUCCGAUGCAGCAGACCGUGCUUUCUAAAGACUCUCCCCCGCCAAUAAAAUGCACAGCUCAGAAUGCACCCAGAGCACACGUGAAAAUCGAUUUAGCUGAACAUCAAGAGGCAAUGCUUUUGCAAUCAUUGCGCUGCCCUUGGCAGAUUCCUCUUCUUCUGAGGGUGGCCCCAGUCCUUCAAUACUCAUCCCGUGCACAGUCUAUUAAAAUUAAUAGUGGUACUGUUAUCUGCAGGGUAUGCCCAUUAAAACCCAGCGCAGGCCCAUAUUUCUCAGCAUGUCCAUUGCUCCCUUGAUGACAAAUUAUUAUCGGUGUUUGAAAUUCCUGACCAUGCAAUGCGAUCACAGGGACUAGUAGCACAGAAGGCAGCAAGACUGCUUGGCCUAAUGGACCAGCCUCCGAUGACGUCAUAGCCGGUGCCAUUGGCCAUGUGGUCUGGGGCUGAUGGGAGUUGGAGUCCAGUGACCCCUGGAGGGCCACAGGUUCCCAUCUCCUGCGCUUUUUUUGGGGGGGAGACCUCGCAGAGGCAGAUUUAGGGCAGGAAGAACAGUUCCACCAUGCUGGGCGCGGAGCCCAGGGGGUGCCAAAACUAUGAGCAGAAUGGAAGGCGAGAAGUGGUUUUUGGCCUCGCAAAGGGCACCGUUGAAAUUUGAAAGACCAAAGUCUGUCCCGGUCUACCUUUUCUCUGCCCAGGAGUGUUUCCAAAGUUCGGUUGUACAAGCCAUUGCCUGCAAAAGGUGUUCUUCCCAGCCUUGUAACCCACCUCCCAUGCAGCUCUUCCUGACCACCCAGCUGUAAAACAAUGCUUUUGAUUAGCUCCCUGGCAGUCCUCCCCGAGGCGAGCUCAUCCCCGUGACAGGCUGGGCAAUAAGGUCCCUUAUCAAAUGUCCAAAGUAAUUUCCCUAAGCCGUCUCUCCUCUCCCUCUAAAUGGGCAGCAGAGCCUCUGGGGGAACCUGGCCAUCUUCGCCCUCCAGCCUGGCUGCUCAGACCCGCUCCUGCAAAAGAAUUAGAUUGGGGGCAAUGGCAUUGUCCUCGAAGUUCCAAAUUCUGUUUAAUCUGUUACACCUCAUAUAAAAGCUCUUCGGUAUUGCAUGGUGUGAGGAAGACCGUUUGCUCUGGGCAGGUCCGAACUCUGGCUCGGCCGAUUAUUUAUUUCCUGUACUACUCAAUAUAUUUAAAAUAUUGCCCAAUGACCAAUGUAGCCCAUUUGCGUCAGGGCCUGGCUUUGACUUAGAACCAUAGAACUGGAAGGGAUGGUUCACACCAGGGUUCAUCUAGUCCAGCCCCCUGCAAGGCAGGAAACUUUUGCCCAGCGUGGGACUCAAACCUGCAACCUUGAGAUUAAGACUCUCAAGAGUCAGGUCCAUAAUCUGUCUGGCUCAGGGCUGCUUUGGUCCCUGGGAGCUGUUAUCCACCAAGGCAAAUGCAAUCCAUUAGCUCAGAUAUCCUGUCUCAUUUUGCAUCCCCAGCCUGGCAGACACUGCCCCUCAAGAAAAAUAUGGCGUAUUGAGCACCUAGCCCACUCAGAAGCUUAAUCUGUAUACUUGUGCCCCCCUCCAAGGAGCUCCUGUUGCAGCCACAUAAGAACCUUGCGAGGUAGGUCAGGAUGAGAGGCAACAUGUAGGUCAGGAUGAGAGGAUAUUGACAAGCUGGAACGUGUCCAGAAGAGGGCAACGAAAAUGGUCAAAGGCCUGGAAACGAUGCCUUAUGAGGAACGGCUUAGGGAGCUGGGUAUGUUUAGCCUGGAGAAGAGAAGGUUAAGGGGUGAUAUGAUAGCCAUGUUCAAAUAUAUAAAAGGAUGUCAUAUAGAGGAGGGUGAAAGGUUGUUUUCUGCUGCUCCAGAGAAGCGGACACGGAGCAAUGGAUUCAAACUUCAAGAAAGAAGAUUCCACCUAAACAUUAGGAAGAACUUCCUGACAGUAAGAGCUGUUCGGCAGUGGAAUUUGCUACCAAGGAGUGUGGUGGAGUCUCCUUCUUUGGAGGUCUUUAAGCAGAGGCUUGACAGGCAUAUGUCAAGAAUGCUUUGAUGGUGUUUCCUGCUCGGCAGGGGGUUGGACUGGAUGGCCCUUGUGGUCUCUUCCAACUCUAUGAUUCUAUGAUUCUAACAACUGGCCCAAGGUCACCCAGGAAGAGCCUUGGUCUCCCAGGUCCCACUCUGACACAUGUCACCAUCAUGCCAUGCUGGCUCCCGCAGGCCGGCAGCUACUCCAGGUUCUUUUUUACCUGGCGACUCCUGGCCUUGAGUCUGGACUUUCUUAGGUGCAAAGCAUGUGAUCUAUCACUGACCGGAGACCCUGGAGUGAUGAGCAGAGAAGAACCAGAAGGAGAUACAAUUGUCAGUUGCCCGUGCCAUCAGAAAUGAGAACACUGUUGAGCCACAGGAAAUGGAGAAGAGAGGAUAAAGUAGGGCUGCAUUUCUGGUGUUUUCAUAAGAGCAAAAUGCCUGUCGCUGUGACACACACAGUCUUCGGCAACCUGGCGCCCUCCAGAUGCCUCAAACUACAACCCCCAUGGUGCAAGUUGUAGCCCCAGGCAUCUGGAAGCUGCUGGCAGCUUGGCGAAGACUUGGCCGCAGGAUGGCAAGGAACAUUCGGGGCAUCACAUUCGAAUGUCCUCUCAAGUUCCUUUUUUCUAUAGGAGUGAAUGGCAUCCAUUGGAGACGGUCCAGGCAAACGCUCCAGCCGGGGGUCACCUGCGCUGUUGCAAACUGAGCUUCUGCUGUCGGCAUUGCUCGGCCGAGCUCCAGGGUUGGGAACCUCCAGGCCCAGGGGGUCUAACCAUAUAGAAUGCCAGGUGUGGGGCAGGUCAAAACGUGGCUUAGCCAAAUGGAGGUUGGCCUGGGGCCCCAAUCAGCUGAUUGGUGAUGCCUCCCAAGCCCUAACUGCUAGGCAAGAUGAUGCUUUGAAAGGGGCUCCUGUUUGCUGCCUAUGGAGUAGCUCCUUUCAAUGCUCUUAUGAAGGGGCUUCUGAAGACCCCUGUGGGUGAGUGGGUGGGGGUCACUUGUGAUUGGCAGGUGGGUGUCCUCCCCCUGCCAUGCAUGAGUUGUUUGGUUCAGAUCCCACCCUCUGGAGCAGCAGAAAUCAUGCUUGCUCCGUCUUUCACCUGGAGUGUUACAGAAACGGCCUUUGUUGUAGAUUCACCAACCGACAGGCCCCCCCUUCCAAGUUUCCAGAUAUCACCCGGUUCCCUUUGCAUUUGCCACAUCCCCUCCUCUUUAAAGCAAACCCACUUUCCUAGUUCCAGUCCUUCUGUAGCCCAACAGGCUCCAUAUGCAAGGAGGAGCUACCAGAUGGGUUGAUAGAACCCCCCGAGUUUGCAGAACUACAAGAAAAACCCAAGCAUCAAGGAGGGGGUGAACUGUAAGGUGGGGGGGGAGAAUGCACCCCAAAACCACCCUGAGUGGACAGGAUGGAAUGGUAUGGCCAGAUAAAGGGCACGGCUGGCUGAACAAGAGCACUCUACGCUGCAAUAUUUUGUUGCAGGCCUCAGCCUUUUCAAAGGGCUCAUCUGGGCUGCAAUGGUGCACACAGGGGAUGCCUGGCAGCUGGCUGCAUCCCUUCUGUCUCUGGGGGCCUGGGGCCCCGGACAGGUAGCAAUCAUUAAUUACUCCGCUGGGUGGAUUUGCCUUACACCGAGGAGACUUUUUUUCGGGCAUUUGCACCCCUGAAACCUUGGGGUGUUGCUGACUCAACGAAACAUCACCGAGCAGGUCUCAAAGAUUCGUGAAAAUGCACGCGUCCCCCUGCAGUCUACCCACACAUUGAUCCCAAGACUGGUGAUAAAACAAGACAUCAUGCAAUAAAGUGGGUGGGGUGUGUGUGUCUCUGUGUGUGUGUGUGUGUGUUUCUCUUGAAUGUAUUUAUUGUGUCUCAGAGAAUUCGAUUCCAGUGAGGUACCCCUGGGCUCAUCUGCACUGCAAACGUAAACUGGUUCAAUCAUCGGGAAACCCUGGGGGUUAUAAGUGGGGGCUGGGAAUCGCUUAGCACCCUAGAUCUGACUUGGCUGCUUUGUGCUGCAGUGGAGAGUGGGGGGGGGGGCCAAAGCAGCAGCAAGGGCAGCAUGGUGCACACUCACCGGCGGAGCCAAGCCGGUAUGUCUGCCGGCGCAUUUGCACCUUGCCAGUCUCGCCCUGCUUCUCCUGCUCGCCUUUCCCCCUAUGCAACAGUGGGGGUCGGGUGAGCACUGCCACUUGCUCUCCUCCUGUGCGCUACUGAGCCUUGCCAAACUACAAUUCCCGGCUUUUUUGUUUUUGUUUUAUUUAAGAGACUCCAUGGCACUGAAUGAAAUGAGCCAACAUAGGUUUGUAGUGCAGAUCAGGCCACUGAGUUGACCUUUCUCUACUGUGUGUGAGUUUGUGUAUAUUUCCAAUGUCAUGUUGGGGGAAGGAAGGGGAAGCAUCUGUGUCUACUUUUCGUUUGUUUGU